ACCUGCUUACUACUCACUGCUUCGGUUUCGAACCGCCACUCAUUCACAAUUCUCUCCUCAACCCCCCAACCGUUUCUCCCAUAUCCGCGGCGGCGUCUUCCCAUACGCACCAUCCUCAAACUCGACCGUCCUCGUCCCAAGCUUUCACUAAUUACCAAUUUCGAGACGAGCAUACCCCUGAGAAUGCGUUUCCAGGCCCCCCAACUCGGCGCCCUAGGCGUAACCUUCACGGCUUUCCGAGCCAUGCAGUUCGUUUCGCUAGUCGCUAUCAUCGGCAUGACAUCCAACUUCAUCAACGAUAUCGUGACUUCCAACCGCGACAUGCCAGACGUGCUCGUCGGUACACUCUCCGUGACAAGCAUCGCGACGCUCUACGUCUCAAUUUCUUAUAUUCUCUAUUACGACGGUCUCCUCCCUCUCCUUGUGGCAGGCGGGAUCGAUUUCGCUCUCCUCGUAGCCAGCAUCGUCGUCGCCGUCACCAUCGGCAAACCUCUAUCUAUGCUCAAGUGCGAGCUGCUUCCCCAGCCCGCCGAAACCACUCAGACGUUUACGGUGUCGAUCUCGGCUCGCGACGCUUCGGCGGCUACCAAAUAUAACAACUACCUGGCACUCAUCACGACCGACCAGCCGCACUGUUACGAGAUCAAGGCUGUCUGGGGGUUGAGCAUCGCGCUGUGCGUGCUAUUCGCCUUUUCGGGCGUCAUCUGCGUCGGACUCUGGCGCCGCAUUAAGUCCGGCGGCGCUGGCGCUCCCAAGGACAUCGAAGGUUAGGGGCGCGCGGGCGCGCGCGGGGACUCGGCGGGGGCAGUCGCAGUCGAGAAACCGUUCCGGGGUGACUUCGGCCCAGAUCGGCAAGUUUCGGGGCCAACCGCACUCGGAACCCGGCUCCUCUCCGCAAGGGAUCCGGGACCGGGUCGAUGGGCCCCGCCCCCUCCUCUCGCAGCCCCCGAACCCGCGCGUCGCCCCCCUAUUCUUCGAUCCGUCGACGAAGAUCUUCGA